AUGGGCCUCACUACCCAUGUCACCGUGCCCAUCUAUGCAGUAUAUAUCGUUUUGGCUGCUAUGCUUUCUGCGGUCACACUUGUUGCUGCUGUCUUUUACAAAACUCGUAAACCAGUGGACCUUGAUCAGCUGGAAUGCGAGCAGCAAGCGAAGCUGUUCAGUCCUCAUAUGUUGUCUCAGCAACUUAUUCUGGACACAUGUCCUCGACCAGUGCAACCUCCUUCGCUGAAGGCCAAGCUGACGCCAUGGAAGAGUGCGUCUCAACAAGUGAUCGACACUCUGAAACCGGAAUGUGUAUCGGAAUUCCGAGGAAAGCUUAAUUUUUCGGUGGCGUUUGAAAAAGAAAUCAGUACCCUUCAUGUCCAUCUACUUGAAGCGGUCGAUCUGCCUGUCAAAGAUAUCACAGGAAGUUCGGAUCCAUAUGUUCGUGUAUUCUUUAUGGAAGAACCAGGAAAAAUGGAACGCACCAAAGUUCAUCGUCGAAAUCUGAAUCCGAAAUUCCAUCAGACACUCUCAUUUCCAGGUUUGUUAUUGAUUUAUACAGAUCGCUGCAAUUUCUGA